AUGGGACGGUCACGCGCUAGAUCCCCCAAGUGGAAACAUAGAUCUUUAUCACCGAUACCUAGAAAGUCUGAACACUCUAAGCAAAGAUGUUCUAAUGAGCCUUAUUGCUCCGACCAUAGGAAGGAUCUGAAAAGAUCUGCUUGCAGAAUGAGCCACAAGAAACACCAGAGUAAACCAAGGAUUCCUUCUCGUGAAGAUGCACAUUACCGAUGUUAUGAACAUAGAUCACCUUCUCCAGACGCAAGAAGCAGCUUACCAGACGAUUUUUAUUCUAAUAAACUUUACCAAGCAUAUUCACCAAGAAGAAGAGACAGUAGCAGAUCUCAGUAUCCGUCCAGAUACUCAGAAGAUGUACACUACCAAGAGUAUGGCUGGGGUUAUCCUGAGAAAAUGCAAGGAGGGUAUACUCCUGAUGAGCACAGAGUUAGAAGUGGAAAAGGAGAGCAAUCACCGCAGAGGUCAAUGGCAGAUUCUUUGAGAUUUGUAGACAACUGGCAUGAAGAUGAGUCGAGUCACCAGAGGAUGCAAGAUGAAAAACAUUGUCAGUCACUUAGAAGAGGCUCGGAAGAUUUUGAGAAACGGAGCGCUUUUCAGACAAGGUAUUUUGAAGAUCGCGAUUGCAGAAAAUAUAGACAGGCACCCGAAGUAUCUUCAGGCGAGAAGAGGUUUGAAAACAAUAACCCUUCUAGAAAUUCACACCGGAGAUCCAGGCAUAAUCCUUCACCUUACCAGCAAAAGAAAGAGCCGCAGCACCUUCGAUACCGAGCAUAUAGAGCUCAUCAACAUGCUCGCAGGAAGCCCCCAGAGGCCAGUUCAGUAACCAGGGACUAUCACCACGAACAUCGUAAGACCUCAGAUGAGGACCAGGGCUUUUCUGAUGGACGAACUGAGAAAUUCUCUAAAGAGAAAGACAGAAAAUGCCUUUCUCAAAUUGGCCUUGCAAAAAUACACCCCAGUUAUGUUAAUGCUAGAAGAGACAGAGAGAUUGAAGAUGGGCAAGUCCAAGAAGCUUCUGAACCAUUUAAGAAUGACUAUACUCCCUCUACUGACUCAGAUAAAAGCAAUGUUAUUUUGAGACCCUAUAUUGGCAAACGGAAGAGGAAAAGGAACAAAGGAAGGGAUGUCAAAAGACAGAAGAACUCUUCCAGUAACCAAUUUGGUGAAGGGAAUCAUUCAUCUGCUAGUCUUCGGAAGAAAUCAAAAUCACUUAUAGUUAAAAUAGAUGUGAAGAAGACAGUAAAUACACCCAGGAAAAGUGAGGACUUGGAUCCAGCCUUUGAACAACUUUACUCAACUCAGAAUACUGAAAACAAAGCUGCAGGAGAAUUUGCUCAGGAAAUCAUAACUGUAAUUCAUGAAAUUAAAGCAAAUCAUUUUCCAUCACCUGGCAUUACUCUACAUGAGCGUUUCUCAAAAAUACAAGAUAUACAAGCUAUAGAAGGCGCAAAAGAAACUAAACCGACUUUAGAUCCAGAAAUGUGCAGGAAAAUAGACAUGUGUUUGGCCGAGCUUCGGAAUAAAAAUACGACUCUGGUCAAAGUAAUAGAUCCAAAUGACCUACGACAUGACAUUGAAAGAAGGAGAAAGGAACGGUUACAGAAUGAAGAUGAGCACAGUUUUCACAUAGAUAGUGCUGCAGAGAGGAAUAAUCAGUUUUCCUGCUUUGCAUCUCAUGCUGAUAGCUUCCAAAACCCUCCAAGUAUUAUACAGACGAAUUUUAGAAAGUUUAUUCAGACUCCUUAUGUGGAUUAUACUAUGCAGAGAAAAGACAUUAUUCACUACGCAUUUCAAGUUGAGAGCAACCCUCAAAACAUGAGAGGCUUUAGACCUUCUAAGAACUACUUUAGAGGUGGCAGACUGCAGCCCCAUUAUAAAUCAGGCCUAGUAAAGAAGAGCUUGAACAUUCAGGCUAAAUAUCAGCGUUUACGGUAUGCUGGUUCAAAGGGAUUUUUCACUAAUAAAUUCAGAGAAAGAUUGCUGAGGAGGAAAAAGAAAUAUGCAGGCAUUGCUGCAGAAGUCUAA